UAUCUCUCUAUCUAUCUAUCUAUUUAUCUAUGAAUCUAUGUAUCUAUUGUCUUUACCCCUCUUUGGAUAAAUUCUUGCAUACUCAUUCUUUUGUUUUUUGACGUCCUUUCAUUUUAGAAAUGUACUUGUGUUUCUUUUUGCAGGAUUUUGAUUGGAUUGACCAAAGAUACGUGUGGUUUUAUUUGUUUAUAUACAUUUUGAAUUGCUGUUAAUCAUGGUGGUUUACAAUCAGCCCGGUAUUUCUGUUUUAUUGUUGAUAUGGUUGCUGUUAAAAAUGAUUUCUGCAUGAAAUCUAGGGCUGCUGGCUUUUGCUUGAUGGAGUUCUUUACAUGUUUCAGCGAUUUGUUUUUUUCAGAGAAAGAAGAAGAAUAUUCAGAAUAAGAACAAUGCAGAAAAAGAAAAAGAAAAAGAAUUUUCAAUUUUAAAUGCUGUAAUCCCUCUGUGCUAUAGAUUCUAGAAUAUUAAUCAACAAAAUAUUGUGGCUAUUUUUUUAUGCAUUAUAAUUUCCAGAACCAGUGGGAGUGUUUGUUUGACAAAUGUCAUAAUACUUUGUAAAACUACUUUGACAUUCUUGAAACAUAAGGGGUUUUUGUACUGAAGUGUCCAUGGGUAUGGCAUGCGUCUGUGUGGGUUUGCGCGUGUGUGCUUCUGUGUGUGCUAUGCGCAUGUACGUCUGUGAAGGUUUAACAUUAAUGGUCAAGUAGGAAAUUGAGUUUGAUGCUGCAUCAUCAGAAACUUCUCAUUCAAUGAAUUAUAUAAGAAAUGAUAGAGAAUAAAAAAUUAUUAAAGAUGUGAAUGUGGAAAGCAAAUCAGAUGCUACCUGUCUAAAUAACUGUAAACGAAUUUUUAGUAAGUAGCAAUGAACAGGACUGUAAAUCAGAGAAGAAACUAGAAAAGUAAUUUUUUUUUUCAAUUAGUAUUAGUUGACAUGGUAUUUAUGUUUUGUUAGAUAUAUCAUUCUUUCUAACUGAUUUUGGUUAGUUAUAUCCUUCUAACUGAUUUGUCCUUCUUUCUAAUUGAUUUUCUUCACGAACAUUUUCUUUAUGAGCACAAUGUUCCUGAGACCCAGUCCCUACAUAUACAUGUAGAACCUUGGGCUACCAUCAUGCAGUCUCUUUGUGGUGAUGAUCCCUACUGGCUCUUGAUGCUUUGUUCCGAAGUUCAUGAUGUCCGUCUAGCAGAGUUCUGCGAUCAUUGUGAGAUAAAACUCACCAACAUUUGUACAUCCCAUCACUUUGAACUUGACAGUCAAGUUUCAUGUCUGAGCUCGACGUUGAGAUUCCUACAACCUUUGAUCCAUUUGCCGAGGCAAAUGCUGAAGACUCUGGGGCAGGAUCAAAGGAGUAUGUGCAUGUGCGCAUACAACAGAGAAAUGGUAGAAAGAGCUUGACAACAGUGCAGGGUUUAAAGAAAGAGUUCAGUUACAGCAAGAUCUUGAAAGACCUCAAGAAGGAAUUUUGCUGCAAUGGUACAGUAGUCCAGGAUCCAGAGUUGGGUCAGGUGAUACAACUUCAAGGUGAUCAGCGCAAGAAUGUGUCCACUUUUCUUGUCCAGGCGGGCAUAGUGAAGAAGGAACACAUUAAGAUUCACGGCUUUUGAUCACAGUUUAUAAAUGGUCACAGUUUGUAUGUUAAGAAACUUCAUCUUUGAAAACGCUUGGAAUUAAUUUGUAGUGUCAUAUGCGGAACACGUUAUUAGGUACACCACAUGCAAAGAAUAAUACUCUUUAAGAUCUUAUAUAUUAAUAUGAUGUUUUUAAAUGAAAUGAUGAUGAGGAUUGGUGAUUUUGAUGAAA